AUGUCUCUCUCUUUCCCUGUCUCUUUCCAUCUUGUCUGUUCCUUUCUCUUUAAUGUUUGCCUCUAUUUGCUGUCUCUAAUUCUUGUCUCUCUCUUUAUUCAACAUUCACCUUUCUUUCAUUCUUGUCUCUCUUUAUUCUUGUCUCUUCCCUCAUUUAUCAUCUUUUCCUUUCUCUUUACUUCCUAUUACUUUCUACUUUAUUCCUUUUUCUUUCUUGUCACUUUCUUUCCAAAUUUUUCCAUUUCUCAUUUUCCGUCUUUCAUACUUAUCUCUUUCUUGUUCUUCCCAUCUUUUUUUCCUUCAUCUCUCUUACUUCUUCCCUCAUAUUUCUCUUUCUUUCAUUUUUCUUUUUUUUCAUUUCUCUCUCUUUCUUUUUACCUCAUCCUUGAUUGCCUCCUUUUUUUUCUCUUUCCUUGUUCUCUUUUUCUUUUCAUUUCCUUAUCAUUUGUUUCUUGUUUUUUUUCUUUUCUAUUUUCUUUGCUCUUUCUUCUAUUUCAUCUCUUUCUCUGCAAUCUUUUCUCUUUUCUCCUCUUUUUUCUUUCUCAUUUUUUUCUUCACACUUCUUCAUUUUUGUUAUUUUUACUGAUUGUUCUCUCCAUCACAUUGUCUCUCUUCCGUUUUCCAAUCAUUUUUUUCUGUCAGUUUUAUUUUUAUUUAAAAGAAUUUCAAGCAUGCAUUUUUUUAAGUAGCCUAAUUUAUCGGACAUUCACUUCUUGA